AUGGAGGCCAGCGAGUGGGAUCACGCGACCUUGAGGGAAGAGGAAUUCGAGCAGCAUGCCGUAUAUUUGGUACCGGAUGUGGCGGCAUCGCCGGGCGAUACCAAUCGUGCGGAGGCAUCCCUGCCAAGAAAUUUGGUCCUCAAACCUUCUCAGGCCCUCAACGAUGUUUUGGGAGUUUGGAGCACAAGUUACAUUCCCAAGGGGACACGGUUCGGUCCUCUCGUGGGCCAAGUGUACACCAAGGACUCGGUGCCGGCCGACGCGAACCGGAAAUACUUCUGGAGGGUGUACAAGAACAACGAGCUGUUCUACUACAUCGACGGUUAUGACGUCCAGAAAUCAAAUUGGAUGCGUUACGUAAACCCGGCUUAUUCGUCCGAAUCGCAGAACCUAAUAGCGUGUCAGUAUAAGAUGAACAUUUAUUUUUACACAAUUAAGCCGAUACUACCGAACCAAGAGCUUCUGGUGUGGUACUGCAGAGAGUUCGCAGAAAGGCUCAAUUAUCCAUUGACGGGUGAACUAAUGCUUCAAAGAAUACGACAACAAGUACAACAAUCUACGUUACCAACGGAAAUCCCGCCCACCGUGGACGUGGUGUCACCUCUAAAGGAUUCAUCGAUUUACGAGAGACGUUCGCAAAUGACCCCGACGGACGGUUCCGUUAGAUCGGACGAAGGCUAUCAUUCGAACGGCUAUCACGACGAGAUCCUCACGCCCCCGGAAGAGAGCAGCGAGUCGGACUCGGAGAACAACUACGUGCUGGAUUUCAGCAAGAACGCGAAAACGUCGGUGUGCAACAACGAGGUGCUGAAACAGGACAAUGCAGUGGCGAAGAACGAGUACAGAAAGGUUAAGAUCAAGAUCACCAAGACCUACGGGAAUUUUCAGACGUCGAAGAACCUAGAUGCUAACGGGAAGGACAAAGAUCAAGAACUGCCGAGCAGAGCGGUGACCCCGGAACUACAGAAACCGGUGUCACCCAUAAUUCUGCAGAAGAGCACGGUCCUGACGGCGGUCACCGAAGAUGAAAUUCCGGAAAAGAAUCCAAAGCCCUUCUACGAGUCCGAGGUCAAGGGUGCUUUACCCGUUUCCGGCAGAUCAGCCUAUCUCACCAGCCCGAGCAGUUCCAUCCUCGAGAACAUCCUUCUUCGUAGCAGUACCGAUAACAACAACAACAGCCACAAUCAUCAUCACAAUGGACCCCAACCGCACCAUCAACACCAUCAGAUUCAUCAUCAGACACACGUGGACUCGGUCACGCCGCCACCCUCCAGCCCAACGGAGAUGGCGUACUCUUACAAGAAGUCUCAUCGCUACGGGAACAUUUUACCCUGCAGCCCCGAUUCCAGUUCCAAUCUACCGAUGCAAGCCGACACGUGCGUCAAUUCCACCAGCGGCAACAGUACCCUACCGAUGCAAAGUCCCACGAGCAAUUUGCACUCGAGCACGGGGAACCUUCAUUCGAGUACGGGCAAUCUACACUCCAGUACCGGUCCAAGCAACGUUCUACAGCCUCACCCCGGGAACAUCCAUUCGUCCAGCAAUUCGAACAAUCAUCACUCGAACGCGAACGUUCUGUCGUCCAGCACGAUACUGACGUCGACCAGUAACCUACAUUCCUCCACGACGUCCGGUAGCUGUCCACCCAAGAGAAAGACCAAGAGUCCGUCACCGUCUGCGAAUCCUACGGGCGCGUCCACCCCUACGAUCCUCUACUCCACUUCCGGUGGAUGUCAGAUAGAAUCUGGCCCUGUGUAUCACAGCUCCGCGGCGAACAGUAAUCAGAGCGUCUCGCCCAUUUCGCCCAUUCAAUCGCCAUCCUCCUACCCCUAUGGGAUUUAUCAUCAGAACGGCUCGUUGCAUCACAACGUGGCACCGUUGUCGAUCAAUUGCACCGCCUAUUCGCCGACUCCUAGCGGAAACGUGGUCUACGAGCGAGCCGAUGGAAGAAGGCUGGAAGCUGCCACGAGCAGUCAUCAAUUACCGACCUCGUCGACCAUGCAAAUCGACAGUAAUCAGACGCUGAUCGCUGGCACGCACAAUCUUCACCUGGGCCAUCACCCCGGCCUCACCAUUCACGCCAACUCUUCGUCGCUGAACCGAUACUCGCCCGCGAGCUCUUUAUCCCCGGACGAUCACGGUUGUUCGCAGAGCGGCUCGCUCAGUCCAAACUCGCAAGGAUCCAGGGGCUACAGGUCGUUACCGUACCCGUUGAAGAAGAAGGACGGGAAAAUGCAUUACGAGUGCAACGUCUGCUGCAAGACAUUCGGCCAGCUGUCGAACCUCAAGGUACACCUGAGGACUCAUUCCGGCGAGAGGCCGUUCAAGUGUAACGUUUGCACCAAGAGUUUCACUCAGCUGGCCCACCUGCAAAAGCAUCAUCUCGUGCACACGGGCGAAAAACCACACCAAUGCGAAAUCUGCAAGAAGAGGUUCAGCUCGACCUCGAACCUGAAGACCCACCUGAGACUGCAUUCCGGCCAAAAGCCCUACGCCUGUGACCUGUGUCCCGCAAAGUUUACCCAGUUCGUUCACCUAAAGUUACACAAGAGGUUACACACGAACGAAAGGCCCUACACCUGUCAAGGUUGCGACAAGAAGUACAUUAGCGCGAGUGGCCUUAGGACCCAUUGGAAGACGACCAGUUGCAGGCCGAAUAAUAUCGAGGACGAGCUUGCCCUUGCCGCGGCCGUGGGUUCGCCGACGUACUACGAAUACGGGCCGGACAUGAACGUCGGGAACAUGCCGAAGGAAUGCGAAUUGGAGCACAUCGAUAAUUACGAGAGGCACGGAUCCACUCAUGGUCCACACUCUACUUCUCUGCACAACCUGGAGAAUUCCGUGGGACGGCCAAGCGUGAUAGAGACCUCCCAGCCUCACAUAAUCGAGUGCACCUAA